CCGCCGCCGCCGCCGCCGCCGCCGGCUCUCAAGAGUGAGGGGUACCGGCGAGGUAGCGAGGAGGCGGCGGCCGGAGCGGGGGCCAGCAGCCGCCAUGUCGGACACACGGCGGCGAGUGAAGGUCUACACCCUGAACGAAGACCGGCAAUGGGACGACCGAGGCACCGGGCACGUCUCCUCCACCUACGUCGAGGAGCUCAAGGGGAUGUCGCUGCUGGUUCGCGCCGAGUCGGACGGAUCUCUACUCUUGGAGUCAAAGAUAAAUCCAAAUACUGCAUAUCAGAAACAGCAGGAUACAUUAAUUGUUUGGUCAGAAGCUGAAAAUUAUGAUCUGGCUCUAAGUUUUCAAGAAAAAGCUGGCUGUGAUGAGAUCUGGGAAAAAAUUUGUCAAGUUCAAGGUAAGGACCCAUCAGUAGAAGUCACACAGGACCUCAUUGAUGAAUCAGAAGAAGAACGAUUUGAAGAAAUGCCAGAAACUAGUCAUCUUAUUGACCUGCCCACAUGUGAACUCAGUAAACUUGAAGAGAUUGCUGACUUAGUUACCUCAGUUCUUUCCUCACCUAUCCGUAGGGAAAAGCUGGCUCUGGCCUUGGAAAAUGAAGGCUAUAUCAAAAAACUACUGCAGCUGUUCCAAGCUUGUGAGGACCUAGAAAACACUGAAGGCUUACACCAUCUGUAUGAGAUUAUUAGAGGAAUCUUAUUCCUAAAUAAGGCAACUCUUUUUGAGGUAAUGUUUUCUGAUGAGUGUAUCAUGGAUGUCGUGGGAUGCCUUGAAUAUGACCCUGCUUUGGCCCAACCAAAAAGGCAUAGAGAAUUCUUGACCAAAACUGCAAAGUUUAAGGAAGUUAUACCAAUAACAGACUCGGAACUAAGGCAAAAAAUACAUCAGACUUACAGGGUACAGUACAUUCAGGACAUCAUUUUGCCUACACCGUCUGUUUUUGAAGAGAAUUUCCUUUCUACUCUUACAUCUUUUAUUUUCUUCAACAAAGUUGAAAUAGUCAGCAUGUUGCAGGAAGAUGAGAAGUUUUUGUCUGAAGUUUUUGCACAGUUAACAGAUGAGGCUACAGACGAUGAUAAACGGCGUGAAUUGGUGAAUUUCUUCAAGGAAUUUUGUGCGUUUUCUCAGACAUUACAACCUCAAAACAGGGAUGCUUUUUUUAAAACCUUGGCAAAAUUGGGAAUUCUUCCAGCUCUUGAAAUUGUAAUGGGCAUGGAUGACUUGCAGGUCAGAUCAGCUGCGACAGAUAUAUUUUCUUAUCUGGUAGAGUUUAGUCCAUCUAUGGUCCGAGAAUUUGUGAUGCAAGAAGCCCAGCAGAGCGAUGAUGAUAUACUUCUUAUAAAUGUGGUGAUUGAACAAAUGAUCUGUGAUACUGACCCUGAACUAGGAGGUGCAGUUCAGUUAAUGGGACUUCUUCGUACUCUAAUUGAUCCAGAGAACAUGUUGGCUACAACUAAUAAAACUGAAAAGAGUGAGUUUUUAAAUUUCUUCUACAACCAUUGCAUGCAUGUCCUCACAGCUCCACUUUUGACCAAUACGUCAGAAGACAAACGUGAGAAGGAUAAUAUGCUUGGAUCUAACAAAACCAAUACAAUUUGCCCUGAUAAUUAUCAAACAGCACAGCUACUUGCCUUAAUUUUAGAGUUACUCACAUUUUGUGUGGAACAUCACACAUACCACAUAAAAAACUAUAUCAUGAACAAGGACUUGCUAAGAAGAGUUUUGGUGUUGAUGAAUUCAAAGCACACUUUCUUGGCCUUGUGUGCUCUUCGCUUUAUGAGGCGGAUAAUUGGCCUUAAGGAUGAAUUUUAUAAUCGUUACAUCACCAAAGGAAAUCUUUUUGAACCAGUUAUAAAUGCCCUUUUGGAUAACGGAACUCGGUACAAUCUCUUAAAUUCAGCUGUUAUUGAAUUGUUUGAAUUUAUAAGAGUGGAAGAUAUCAAGUCUCUUACUGCACAUAUAGUCGAAAACUUUUAUAAAGCACUUGAAUCGAUUGAAUAUGUUCAGACAUUCAAAGGAUUGAAGACUAAAUAUGAACAAGAAAAAGACAGACAAAAUCAGAAAUUGAACAGUGUACCAUCUAUAUUGCGUAGUAACCGAUUUCGCAGAGAUGCGAAAGCCUUGGAAGAUGAUGAAGAAAUGUGGUUUAAUGAGGAUGAUGAUGAAGAAGGAAAGGCAGUUGUGACACCAAUCGAAAAAUCUAAGACUGAAGAUGAUUUUCCAGAUAGCUAUGAAAAAUUUAUGGAGACUAAAAAAGCAAAAGAAAGUGAAGACAAGGAAAACCUUCCCAAAAGGACAUCUUCUGGUGGCUUCAAAUUUACUUUCUCCCAUUCCCCCAGUGCUGCUAAUGGAACAAACAGCACAAACAGUAAGUCUGUGGUGGCUCAGACAACACCGGCAAGUUCUAAUGGGUCUUCUUCCAAAACUACAAACUUGGCUGCAUCAGUAACAGCCACUAAGGGGAGUUUGGUUGGCUUAGUGGACUAUCCAGAUGAUGAAGAGGAAGAUGAGGAAGAAGAAUCAUCCCCCAGGAAAAGACCUCGACUUGGCUCAUAGAAUACUUGCUGGGAGACUCCCAACACAUGAUGUUACUAAAACGCUGCAGCUGCUCACUGAGCUCAAGUCUGAAAGCUUUCUCAUGGAACUCAACACACACACGAAGUAGCAGAGACUCAGUUAUCAGAUAGGAAAGUGUAGUUGUUUAAGAAAAACCAGGCUCCCCGAGAACUUAAUUGUUUCCUACUGAUUAAACGGUUUGCCUUUUGGGCUGUCCAAAAUCAGAAGAGGAAGAAGAAGAAGAAGAAAUGAUUGUUGGAGCCUGGGUGAAAGCUUCCCAGUGAGUAAAGUCUCAGGUUUGGGGGAGGAAGGGUUGUUAAUGCAGGGUUGCUUCAGGGGAUCCAACCUAUAGAACAUUGUGAGACUUCAGUACCCAAUAACAUUGCUUGUAUAAUGGUGCUGGCCAUGUUGUUUUAAUCAGCUGCCUCUUUUUAAAAGAACUUUUUUAUGUAAAACAAAUUGAGCUGUCAUUAGAAAUGAAGUUACGUUGUUGGGACCAUUUCUUUAAAGAUUUCACAGAAGUCAGCCUUUGGUGUUUGACAGGACAUAUACCCUAGGUAACAGCAUACCAAUUUCUCUACACCAGAGACUUCCAGUACAUAAAAACAAAAACAAGCUGGGUUCCAAAUGGAUAGUUUCCUUAAUAGAACUUUCAAAGUUAGCACUUUUAGAGGUAACAGCAGUAUUCUGAAAUGGUCCUCUUCAAAACUCAGGAGUAGCUAGAAGAGGGUGUUCCCAGUACUCCCCCAGUACAGUCUUUCUGCUUUCUCAGUAAAGUUAGGUCUGGGUCUUCUGGGGCUGCUGACAAAUUUAUAGAGACCAAUAAAGAAUGGUGCUGAAUUAAGUGGCAUUUACUAUCUAGAAGCCAUUUUAUCCUAGAGUCAUGCAGCAUAGCACGGGAAGCUUUUCCACAGACAAGGAUGUAACAUGAAAGCUGCUUUUUUAAGAGAGUAAAAAGCACAUUCCAUGUACGUAAAUGAAUUUAAAAUAAUUGAGGCAAACUAUUAAGAGCUUUUAUUUUUAGAACAGCAAGUUAAUUGUAAAUAUUUUAAUGUUAGUUUGCUCAUCUAUGAUCUGAGAUCAUUGCUGAGGUGAGAAAAAUGACCCCAAACUACAAUUUAAUGCAUUGGGAAAAAUAAAAUUCCAGCUCCAGUCUUUCAAUCAGCUCUGUAGUGUGUUGUGGGUCCAUUUUUCCUGGAAUAGCUUAAAAGCAGUUUCCUGUGUUGGAGAUUUUGGAGUUAAUUUUAAUUUUGGCUAUUGUUUGGAAAAGAUGGGCUGUCUGUGUAGAUAUGAAGUAUAGUUUUUCCAUAAAACAGAUGUUUAUUUUGUAUUAAAAAUACCACUGUACUUGUUUUACACCAUUUGUAUACAUGUGGUGAUAUUAAUGUAAAAUUUGAGAAUUAAAAUGUGACCCUGUAAUUCCAUGA